GAUGGUUUUCACUAUCAUCUAUACUUGAUCCCAAGAGACCUGAAAUUACUCCACUCAUUGAUUACUUCCAGUAAUUAGUCCUCCAUGGCAGACCCUCUUUCGCUGCUGGGUCUGGCAGCCGGCCUCGUCUCCCUCGGCCUGCAGACCUGCAGCGGCAUCACAACGUACCUCGGCGCCAUCAAAUGCCGUGCAGAGGACAUUACGUCAAUCAGACGCCAGAACUACGCCCUGAAUAGCGUCCUGCAAGCCAUAGAACCGUCGCUAUCCCGCCUGCCAUCCGACCAUCAAGCGUCUGUGGCCGCAGUGCAAAGUUGCUUCCAAUCCUGUGAGACGGAGCUCAAGGCUCUGAAGACCUUGGUCGACGGACUUGCUCACAAUAACGCGUCAAACGCUACCGUCAAGGACAGAAUCAAGGGCCAGGCGAAGAAGCUAAGCUAUCCCUUCAACCGCCAGAAGCUCCAGCAGUUGGAAAGCAGAUUGAACCAGGCCAACGCCGGAUUACAGCUGGCCUUGCAGAGUUUAGGACUGGACUUAUCUUGCUUAAGCGCGCAGGAAACCACGGCAAUCGUCGAAUCGACCAAUGCCGCCCUCUCCGCCGGUCUCUUGACCAUUCAGUCGGAGGUCGCCACACUUCAUACACCUCUCAUGGAGAUCCGCGGAGGCUUGCCUGAACUCCAGCGAGGCGUUGAAUCCGUCAGCAAUCUCCUCUCACUUGAGAUAGGAACCAUGUCGACCGUGGUCAUGGAAAGCAAUCGUGCCUUAAAAGACGACACUCGAGCUACGCGGAGAUGCGUAGACCUAUCGUUGAGAUCGCAGCAGGAGCAACUUCAUAGGAUUGAAAGUCAGCUCAACAGCCUCUGUGGGGAGCUGGAUCUUAGUCAGAUCUCGCGCAAGAACCGAGACCGGGCGAGCGAGACUGAAAACGUCCUUCUUAGUCGACUACUCGGCAAACCCGGCAACCUGAGGCAGAUUUGCGACCAAGUUUCGGUCCACAGCGGCUUCGCAAGAGCAAAUCCAGGAAACACCAACAGCCCUAUCUUCACGAUCCCUCCAGACAGUGCGGCCCUUCAAACAAGCAGAGUUGCGUCAUCUCUGGCGGCGAAUUGUCCAGCAUGCUCUUGUCCUAGGCCUCAGCGGUUUUCUUCCGUCAAGAGCAUCCGAUUGGGAUCGCUGUGCCUCUACGAUGAAUCAUCCGCCGAGGAGCAUUUCCCAGGCUGCCCUGCUUCCCGAGCCAACACGAAAGGCCAUCGCCGAGCGGUUGGCGUGAGGUAUUUUGGCCUAACUAACGUCUUACAACAGGCCAUCCAAAUUUCACUCGCCGCGACUUCCGGCGCAGGCGGCCGAAGUUUUAGUCCGACUUUUGCCUACUACCCCACCGUCGACGAAUGCACUGCUCCAGCCUUUCGCAUAGUAGAACUCAUCUUCACGGCUUCCGACGCUACCCUGCUCGAUUGGGAUGCGUUUGUGGCAUCUGCCUUGACUAAGUUAUUGAAGCUUUUCCGCGAGCAUAGGGCCUCACCGCGUGCAGUUGACUCCAAGAACUGGACUUUAAGCCACUAUAUAACUUACACGAUGUCCAACCUGGCCACAUUCCGUCCAAGGCAUUCUUUAGGUCCGUUGCUGGUGCUGUUUGAAGCGCUAGUUCGGCAAGGUGUUCCGGCCUGUAGCCUUGGCCUAAAUGGCGAGACGCCGUUGGCGCGCGUAGCAGAAAUAAAGGCACCCUACAAUCUUGCCGUUGCUAGUAUCGUUGAUAAGUCGACAGCCGAACCGGACAUGCCUGGGUUCCAGGAAUACCUCGGUUUCCCUCGCAUCCCUGAGUUUCUUCAUGUCCUCCGCUGUUAAACAGCAUUGCGGAAGCAUUUGGUUGCGGACCCUUGAGCUUGGCCGUCCUUGCAAACGACUUGGACGCCGUCAAGGAUUUGUUGGCAAAAUCCCCCUCUGCAAUCUAUGAGCGUAACGCCAUGGGCCAGACGCCCUUCCACCUCGCAGCAGAAAAUCCUCGUUGCUUGGGAGUGCUUAUU